GCAAGGCGCGGAAGGCAGUGACGUUCGCAUCGGGAUGGCGCGAGAUUCAGAGCGUGGGCUGAGUUGUGUGUGUUUAUUUUAAUUUUAAAUAUUAGGGUUCUAAACUCAACUGAAAUAUCGCAAAACAGUGAGAGGAUGCAGCUAUUUUGCUCGUCUGGCAAAUACGUUAUUUUAAGGGAGGAAAGAUAGGAAUUAAAAUAUCGCAUAUAAAUACUUGCGUAUUUAUAAAAAAAAUAAGAUAAAAAAAUAAAUAAUAAUAAAAAAUAUCACGGUUUUUUUUUCUUUUAUUCACUCACCCUGCAGUACGUUUUAAAUAUAUUUGAUAAAGGAAGAUUUCGAGUUUUUUUUCGGUGCUUAGUAAUAUUUUAAUACGCGUCUGUGUUUACUAAUAAGACUACUACUAAUAAUUGAUAGUAAUUAAUUGUGCCGGUACUGUAUUGGCGAUGGCGGACUCUCUGGUUGAGAUGAGCGACAGUGAGGAUGAGAGUCAGGAGGUGAUGACGCCGGCGGAGCUCGUUACCAAACUGGAGGAGAUAUGGUUGAACGAGAAGCUCUCACCUGAGCUCCUGGAAAAUAAAUCGGAGAUCGUGGAGUGUGUGAUGGAGCAGCUGAACCACAUGGAGGAGAAUCUCCAGCGAGUGAAGGGUGUGGAUCUGAGAGCGGGUGUGCACCGCAUGGAGACAGAGAGGAUCCGCUACGUGUUGAGCAGCUACCUGCGCUCCCGGCUUCAGAAGAUUGAGAAGUAUUUUCCCCACAUCUUGGAGAAGGAGAAAUCCCGCGCCGAAGGGGACCCGUCCUAUCUGUCUCCAGAGGAAUUUGCGUUUGCAAAAGAGUACCUGGCGAACACAGAGACCUACCUGAAGAGCGUCGCGCUGAAGCACAUGCCUCCCAACCUGCAAGCCGUGGACCUGGGCAAAUCGGUGCAGAAGCCCAAUCUGGACUCCUUUGUGUUCCUGCGGGUGAAGCAGAGGCAGGACAAUAUCCUGGUGGAGCCAGAGACCGACGAGCAGAGGGAGUAUGCCAUUGAUUUGGAGGAGGGAUCCCAGCACCUGAUGCGCUACCGCACCAUAGCACCCCUAGUGGCCAGUGGAGCUGUGCAGCUCAUUUAGCAGAACAGCCUGUUGCUGGCGCAGUGCAUAAGAAGCUUUCUCUUCUGUGCCGGUGGAAAUGAAUCUGCCUCGUUUCACGCUGCCAAAGAUCUACCUGAACAAACCAUCCGGGGACACAACUGGGUCUGAUACAGAAACGCUUUCUGAGUCUCCAGCAGCUUCUUCUGUAAUAACACGGCUUCUCGUGAUCUCCGUAUCCUCCGAUUUCCAAAGGCGGCCAGGCUGAUCGUCUGCGCGCUGAUGAGAAGACUGGCCCCUGUGGCUCUAUAACCCUGCAUGCUGUUUGUUUUGUUUUCAGUGUCUGAACGGUUGGAUACAGCCAGGCGAUGUCUCUUCCAAACCCUGCCCUGCGGAGCCAGCGCCUCUCCCCCCUGUUCCUUUCACUGAUUGUGGUGCUUUUCUGACAUGGACUAGGCCAAGACCAUCCGACUCAUUUCAAUUGUGGCUGAAGGCAGGCCUCCAGAGGCUGGUGCGUUAACCCACUGUGCCAGCUGUCCCUGCAAGCCUCCAGCAGACAUGGCUCCCCCUGUGAACCUUUCCAGGCACGCCCUUUCUGACGCUGUGUCAUUUCAGCAGCAUCGCCAGAGAGCAGCCCUUUAAUCCUAGUGAAAGCUGUAAGAGUUGUCUUUUAAUAAAGGUCCUGUCAAGCGGGGAGUCUGUUGGAGUUCAGUGUCUGGAUUAAAUGUGACGGGUUUGUUAGUGGGCUUGCAAACAUAUGCCUGGGUUCAAGUUCAGCUAUUUAGAAAAUCUAAAAGGAGGCUGAUUUUCUGUCUUAGUGUCAUUUCUGCAGUAUUAAAAGGCUGUGUGUGUAAAUGCGUGCGAGGUCAUGUUUAAGCCUGGGCAGGGUUGGGGCUCUCACUGUCUGUACUCUCAUGGUGGUUUCUGUGGUUAAUGUCAGUUUGCUCUGCUCAGU